ACCCGUCCGAAAAUGGGGAAAUCCCGCUGCCGACGUGGUCGCCAAGCUUACGAUGUUCCUGAAGCUGCCUUGCCCUGUAACGAACCACGACGACCUCACACUCCUUUCCAACCUUGCAGCACGUUCAGCACCAUUAGCGACGCAGCCUUCUGGCUUGCCCCGUUAGGGCUUCUUUAGAGCCUUACGAAAUCAUCAGUCACCGUGCGUCACCGAUUGGAUCACCGGGAUCAACAAUCAACAGACGUCUGAGUUCUGACGCAUCGAGUUUAGAAAUUGGAAACACCAUUCUAUGCCGUCGAACAAGAUUAUCUGGCAGCAUUCAUUUUAUAUAGGGAACUAUCUCGGCGGUAUUCUCUAUGGAGUAGAGUUGAUGAUGUACUUCCUGACCUUGGGCGUCCUUUGCCGGAAAAUGCGAGCAAGUAGACGCCACUUAUUCUUCUUCCUUCUCAACACGUGCUUCCUCAUACUAUUGACUGUGGACGUCUCAACCAAUGCUGUAUUCGGAGAGAUAAUGUUCAUCGAGAAUAAAGAAGAGCCGAUUAUCAGUCUUAGCGUUUGGUAUCAAAUCCUUGGAUCAGCUUCGGUCCUUGUAAUGGCUUUAUUAGGGGAUGCGCUGCUACUUCACCGACUAUGGAUUAUUUGGGGUUCCCGUUAUUACGUGAUUCUCUUCCCUUGUUUGAUAUACUUGGCUGCAACCGUGCUAGGUAUCAUUCAGCUUGUAUCUGCUUUCACUCCUGGUGGUCAUUUCUUUUCCGGAAAAGCUGUCGACUUCGGGGUUCCAUAUUACUCCAUCCUGAUAGGCAUGAAUGUGACUGUAACGUUGCUUAUUUGCGGACGCCUUGCCUACUUGUCGAAACAAGUUCUUGCUGCUUUGGGUCCGGAGAACGCACGGCUCUAUACGAGCGUCGCCGCCGUCAUGGUUGAGUCAGCUGCGCCGUACACGAUCUCAGGUGUUAUAUUUCUUGCACUGUAUGCACAGGGGAAUCUCGCCUCAGCAGCAGUGGGACAAGUUUGGGCGAAGCUGACUUGUAUCUCUCCCCAGAUGAUAAUUCUCCGGAUUAUCUCUGGUAAGGCUUGGUCACGUUCUGUCAUGACGCAGGAACAGACGGAAUAUGUGCAUGGCCCAGUAACAGGCCAGAUGUUCACCUCGGGGCUACAGCUCGGUACUGAUCAAAGUUCAGAUUCAGUCUUAGCGAUGCAAACCUUGGGUAAAUACCAUAGCGUAUACGAUGUGGUAUAAUCUAUACCAUCCGAGGCCUUUCGUUUAAGCAGUCGCCUUUGCAGUAUAUUGUUAUUGUGUAUAUAUCGAUGUUCUAACCCCAACUCUCUUUUCUUGGUUUUUUCCCCCGUCUCUUCUUGCUGAUGUCCAUAGACAGCGACUUUUAUGCCCAAUACAAAUACUUCUCGAUGAAUACUACUAG